AUGGUGAUCAGUGCAAGGUGUUGCUUGAACAACUCCAUGAGAGCUUUGAAUUUAUUUGUUAAUGUUUGUGGAGUUGCAGUCAUCAUCUACUCCCUUUGGCUCACCAAGAAAUGGCAAGUUGGAGUCUCCGAGCUCCCUCCUGUCUCAAUUGUCCCUAAGCCCUGGUUUAUAUAUACAUGUUUAGGUAUGGGAAUUGCUGUCUGCCUGAGCACCCUUUGCGGUCAUAUUGUUGCCAAUUCCGUCAGCAGUUUUACUCUCUUCAUUUACAUAAUCUUCGUCUUCUGUCUUCUUUGCCUUGAAGUUGGAGUGAUUGUCUCAAUUUUCUAUAGGAUGGACUGGGAAAAGCAAUUUGCCAAGUACAUUGAUGAGGAUCACACCCUGUUCAAAAACUUCUUGAGGUUUCAUCUAAACAUGUGCCGCAUCAUUGUAAUUCUCAUUUUGAUACCGCAGAUUAAGGCUACCGUGCUGGCAAUCAUUCUUUGGGCCAUUGGUUCUGAGCCGAGGACGGAACAUUUCAACUCUUCUGAUGUCACAAACUUCAGAUACUCAUUUCUAGCAGCACCUACACAAUCGUUACAAGAUAUAUCAAGACAUGGAUUCAGAAACUACGAAGUUUCAUCACCAGAAUUUGAAUCUCCACCACGCCCAAGCCUUUUUUCAAAUGUACAAAGAUUUUUCAGAAUGCGUUUUCAAAGAAGAGCCACCCUUAGUUAGGGCAGAAGUAUAUAAGUUUUGCUUUUAGGGUCCCCUGCAUUUUUGUAUUUAGUUGAAGGGGUUUAGAAGUAUAUAAUCUUCGCAGUGCCAUUAGUUCACUGUCGCUGAAAUAGUGAAAUGGUAAAUGCUUUUACCGUUGAAAACCAACAACU